AUGGCAAGCCUUACCAACCACGUCAACGGCCGGGGACACGAAGAAGACGAGCCCAAGUUCGUUCUGGUGACCGGCGGUGCAGGAUACAUCGGUAGCCACGUCGUCCUCGAGCUCCUGAAGGACUACCGCUACGUCCCGGUGGUGGUGGACAACCUGGACAACUCCCAUCCAGAGUGCCUUCACCGAAUCGAGGCACUCUCCGGGAAGAAGGUGCCGUUCUAUCCCGUAGACAUGAUGUACAAAGACGGCCUGAGAGAAGUGUUCAAAAAGUACAAUUUUUCCUCCGCUAUACACCUGGCCGGGCUGAAAGCCGUGGGGGAAUCCGUGGAGAAUCCAAUGAAGUACUAUAGAGUAAACAUUGGGAUUGCCCUCAAUCUAGUCGAGGUAAUGAAAGAGUUUGGAGUCGGAAAACUGCUGUUUUCAUCGUCGGCUACUGUCUACGGGACUCCCAAGUACCUCCCCCUGGACGAGAAUCACGAAACGGGCGCCUGCUCAAAUCCUUACGGGAAGACGAAAUUUUUCAUCGAGGAAAUGUUGAAGGAUCUGUCACAGGUCGAGAACGACUGGAACAUUGUCCUGUUGCGGUAUUUUAACCCCAUUGGAGCCCACGAAUCAGGUGAAAUCGGAGAAGAUCCAAACGGCAUUCCGGCAAACCUAAUGCCAUUCCUGACACAAGUUGCAGUAGGGAAGAGAAAAGAAGCAAAGGUUUUCGGUACAGACUACGCUACACGCGAUGGUACAGGUCUACGUGACUAUAUCCACGUCGUUGAUUUAGCACAGGGCCACGUUGCGGCGCUUGCAAAGCUGGAGGAAAAAUGUGGGUGCAGAGCAUACAACCUCGGGACCGGGAAAUCCGUGUCCGUCUUAGAGAUGAUAGCUGCCGUGGAAAAGGCCUCCGGGAAGAAGAUACCGUAUGUUCUGUGUCAUAGGAGGGAGGGAGACGUGGGCGAAAUGUACUGUGACACAACUAAAGCCGAGACAGAGUUGAAAUGGAAGGCCACUCGAAGCCUCGACCAAAUGUGUGCCGACUCCUGGAACUGGCAGAGAAAGAAUCCCACCGGCUACAAGACUGCAUAG